CGUACCGUGGCGCAGGGCACGAAGCGGGAGGGCUGCACCAUCCUCUUCAUGAUGCUCUACUUCUUCGGCAUGGCCAGCUCCAUCUGGUGGGUCAUCCUCUCCCUCACCUGGUUCCUGGCCGCCGGUAUGAAAUGGGGCCACGAGGCCAUUGAGGCCAACUCCCAGUACUUCCACCUGGCCGCCUGGGCCGUGCCGGCCAUCAAGACCAUCACUAUCCUGGCCCUGGGGCAGGUUGACGGGGACGUCCUCAGCGGCGUCUGCUUUGUGGGCAUCAACAACGUGGACGCUCUGCGGGGCUUCGUGCUGGCCCCCUUGUUCGUCUACCUGUUCAUCGGCACCUCCUUCCUGCUGGCCGGCUUCGUGUCCCUCUUCAGGAUCCGGACCAUCAUGAAGCACGACGGCACCAAGACGGAAAAGCUGGAGAAGCUCAUGGUGAGGAUAGGGAUCUUCAGUGUCCUCUACACGGUGCCAGCCACCAUCGUCAUUGCCUGCUAUUUUUAUGAGCAAGCUUUUAGGGAACAGUGGGAGAGGAGCUGGGUCACGCAGAGCUGUAAGAGCUACGCCAUCCCCUGCCCCAACAACCACAGCAGCCACCACCCGCCCAUGAGCCCCGACUUCACCGUCUUCAUGAUCAAGUAUCUCAUGACCUUAAUCGUGGGCAUCACCUCGGGCUUCUGGAUCUGGUCUGGGAAAACCCUGAACUCCUGGAGGAAGUUCUACACCAGGCUCACCAACAGCAAGCAGGGCGAGACCACCGUCUGAGACCCCUGCCCACCGGGGCUCAGGUGGCCAGAGGACUGGGGCUCUGUCUCGGGAAGCAGUUCCCCUAUCCAGCCUGGGCAAACUUUGGGGACCGCGAGUUGCUUCCGCAGGC